AUGGAGACGGAAUGCAAGACGCUGUGGAUGGGGGACAUCCAGAUGCACUGGGACGAAACCUUCAUCUCGUCCCUCUUCGCCUCGGCCGGGGAGCAGCCGGUGGUCAAGUUGAUCCGUGACAAGGUGACGGGGUACCCGGCGGGGUACGGCUUCCUCGAGUUCCCGACCCAGAGGGGGGCGCAGCAGGUGCUGGACACGUACAACGGCCAAGUUAUCCCCAACACCAUGCACCGCUUCCGAAUGAACUGGGGCGCCGGUGGCCGCCGCAUUGAGACGUCGGACGAUCACUCGAUCUUCGUGGGAGACUUGGCCCCCGAUGUGACGGACGAGCUGCUGCUCAGCACGUUCAACUCGCGCUUCACCAGCGUGAGGGGCGCCAAGGUGGUCAUGGACCCCGUCACGCGGAUGUCCAAGGGCUUCGGCUUCGUCCGGUUCGGCAGCAAGGAGGAGGCUGACCAGGCGCUGCAGACGAUGAACGGCGUGUACUGCUCGUCGCGCCCGAUGCGCGUGAGCGUGGCCACGGAGAGGAGCAAGUCCCGGCAGCAGGGAGCCUUUGGAGCCCCUGAAGAGGAGGGAACCAACACGACGGUGUUUGUGGGAGGAUUGGACCCUUCCACGACGGAGGACGAGCUGCGCGCCCGGUUCGGCGCUCUGGGCGAAAUUGUGUCGGUGAAGGUGCCGCCUGGACGCGGUUGCGGAUUCGUGCAGUAUACGUCGAAGGAGGCCGCGGAAGUUGCUAUCACGCAGAUGAACGGCACGGUUAUUAGCGGCGUGAAGCAGUACGGCCAGUACCAGGCCGGCUACCAGAACUACUACGGCUACAAUGCCGCUUACGGCUACCCCCAGUACCAGCAGGGAGCUGCCUAUGGCUACGGUGCCUACGGCCAGUACGCCCAGCAGGGUAACCAGUCUCAGGGCGGGUACCAGCAGCAGUCGCAGCAACAGCAGCAGCAGCCUGCUGGUCAGCAGGCACACCACGGCCACUACGGCCACCACCAGCGUCAGCAGCAGGACCAGCCGCGCGACUUCACGCGGCCCGACGACAUUGAAGCUAUGAACCGCCGCUACGCCUCCCAACGUGCGUACCAGAAUAUUCCUCCGGCUUCUAAUGCGUCGUACACCGCGAUGGGGGCUGACGUUGCGAACGGAACCGCGAUGGCUGGAUCGAUGUAG